AUUGACUUACGUGGAUCUUGUUUUUCAAGUAUAAAUACCAUGGCUCGAUAGCACUUCUCUCACUCAAUAUCUAUUCCCAUAUAGAGAAAUUAAGGAAUUUCGAUGGCUGUAUCGGGCUUCUCUGUUUCUUUGCUUUUCUUCUUUCUCUGCUUAGGCUAUUUUGCGCCGGGGUGUCUGACAGAAGACCCAGCAUGUGUAUCUCCUCCACCACUAAAUGGGACUCCGAUAUUCCCUGAUGAUGUGGACAAAAUACAGUUCGCUCUCAAUUUGGAGUACUUGGAGGCUGAGUUUUUCCUGUAUGGAGCGCUAGGGUACGGUCUAGAUGGGGUUGCUCCUGAAAUAGCCCAGGGUGGCCCACCUCCUAUCGGAGGUAAGAAAGCCAACCUCGACCGCCUUACACAUCAGAUCAUCGAAGAAUUUGGUUAUGAGGAAGUUGGCCAUUUGAGGGCCAUUAAAUCAACGGUUGGUGGAUUUCCAAGGCCCGUGAUUGAUCUAAGCGCUAAGAAUUUUGCUACUAUAUUUGAUAAUGCAUUUGAAAAGCCACUCAGCCCACCCUUUGAUCCUUACAUCAGCAGUGUUAAUUAUCUUCUGGCUUCUUAUGUCAUUCCAUACGUGGGACUUGUUGCCUAUGUGGGCACUAACCCAAAUAUCAACGGCUAUGUUUCAAAAAGAUUGUUGGCUGGGCUUUUAGCAGUGGAAUCAGGUCAAGAUGCAGUAAUUCGGGCUUUACUCUAUCAGCGAGCUGACGAGCUUGUGCCUCCUUACAAACACACCGUGGCUGAAUUCACAGCCCGUGUAUCUGACCUGAGAAACAGACUAGCGAACUGUGGCAUCAAAGAUGAAGGCAUUUUCGUCCCACUACAUCUUGGUGCUGAGAACAAGACCACUAGCAACAUUUUAUCGGCGAAUGCAGAUUCUGUAGCGUUUGCUCGAACGCCUGCUGAGAUUCUGAGGACAGUCUAUGGAACGGGCGACGAAAGCAAGCCAGGCGGUUUCUUACCAGAAGGUGGCAGUGGGAGAAUUGCUAGAGGAUUUCUUAAAAAAAUAUGAUUUUGUUUUUUGUUUUUUUAUUAUCUUUGAUUUGAACUGUGUUUGACACUUUAAAUAAUUAUAAUGUACUGAGUUAUGACAUGGAUGGAAUAAUAAAUGACUGGUUUUGUAUGGGUGUG